GUCAAACAGAAAGAGGAUGGGGGAGGGAGAAAACGGGAUUCGGUGUUCUCAAAUUGACGUAAAAUAAGAGGUCUGAGGAAUGCUGUGAGUGAGUGAGUGACAGAAACCUGAUCCAAUCAGAACCACAGUGUAAGGGCUGGUUAGGCUGAAGGCGGGAGAUUCAAAUUGCAGUCACCCUCCCUUAGUACGAGUGGGGCGUUUGAAUGAAGAGCUCCUUGUCAGUGGACGAAUUGCUUUGAGAAGUUGCUGUGUUUGCUAUCUGCUGACAUGGGGGCUUCCGAGAGCUCCCCAACAACACCCACCUGCAAGCCUUUGCUUAAUAAGCACCUGGCACAUGUCAGUGACCCACGAUCACCUACAGCUGGGAUCUUAAGAACUCCUAUAGAGGUAGAAAGUUCCCCCCAAAUGAGUCCCCUGUCUGAUCCAAAGGAAGAUAAUUUGGUAGCCAACAACCAGAGUCUUAGCUGGGACCCUCGCUCCCCAACACCUGGUAUCUCACGUACUCCCAUGAAAGCUGUGGGGACUGAUACCAUAAACUGUCUAGCGAAGCAGCUCAGCGAAGCCUUUGUGUCGGAGAGUGUGGAGGGGGAAGUUCUAGAGGAAUCUCACCACCAGAGCCAGAAGUCUGAAGUUGCCUUUGUGGCAGAGGAGGUUCCAAGGGAGAAAGCGGCUUCUGUGGAAGCAUCCCUGGAGAGUCCCCAGUGGGCAGAGGAGAGAAAUGAGCAGCAGCCCUCCAGCACUUCGGUUGCAGCUGCAACAAGACCAGCUCAUGCUGUUGGAGUUCUUCAUCCAACAGGGAGCAAAACGACGAGGUACAGGGCCAACAGCAAAGCACUGGUGAUGUCAGCAAAUUCUGGACGUUCUCCCCUUAGCAUCUUGCAGGAUGACAAUUCCCCAAAUUCCCUUGCUUCUCAUCAGAGUAAGAGACGACCAUCGGUGGCAGAUAAUCAAGGAGAGCGCAAAGAGGGAGUGUUACACUCUGGACGAAUCCUCAAAGCAGGCUUCUGUAGCUGGGAUUCUCUCAAUAAAGAGAACCAGCAGGGUUGUUUGACUGAAAACUAGACUCCUUCAGAUGUUCCAUGGAUUCAUGGCUGCUGACAGCUGGGCAGGGGAAGAUGUCAAAGGCUCAUGGAGUGGGAAGGUAUGGUGGGGAUUUGGUCUCUGUCCCCCCAGCAGUUCAUUCCCUCUUGCUGUUCUGUCCUUGGUAGAGAAGGAGUUGACUUUUAUAUAUUUCUCAUCUCUAGUUUCAUAUUUGCUUUAUCAUGUACAGAUUCUCCUCUAUAGUCUUCUUCUGAAAUGUCUGUGAUUUUUGUCUGUGUGGAAAAUAAACUUCACUUUAGAUUGA